CACUGCAAUAUAGAUACAAUAUCAUUUAGCUAUAGAAGUGUAUUUGAAACAAGAAAUUUCACAUACAUGCCUACAGGCAUUUCCACAGCAAGAACCUCUGAGGAAAUGACGUAAUCUUGUCAUUACCUUCUUAUUAAGCUUCUAGGAACUUAUCCCUGGCUGCCUUCUGUCUUUCGUUCAGUUUUGCUGUCAUCUGCCUACCAAACAGACCAGAUUCUUCCACUUCAGGUUUCCCGGUGAGCCGAUGGAAGUCUGGAACAAAUAAACCCCGCCGUGAAAAAAGUCGUCGCAGGGAUCCCGUGAUAGCUCUCCAUCAUGUUACAGGAAGAAUCUCUUUUCAUCCAGUUUUAACCGUACAGAACUUUCUUUUUUUUCUUUCUCGAAAAAAAAUCAUAGUAAAGAAAAAUUGAAAUUUCCAGUGGUGGCAAUGGCUGGAUUUUUCCAGUCGAUUUGCUUUUGAUUCGGUCCUUUCUGAUUUUCCCAACGAAACAUUCUAUUUUUUUCUGUGGCUAAGAUUCUUACUACUUAGUGUCGUACACUUUUUUCUACGUAAUGUUAGUAUGUCUGAGAGAGUCUAUGUGCGACACGAUAACGAUACUAGCUGUCACCGUCCAUCAGCCAAAGAAGCAGCGGCUCCUUCAGAGUACACACUGAAUGGGGCCCCCCACGCAAUAAGUGCUUGAGGGGGGGUUUCUUUCCGAUAACCCACGUGGUUUGUCGUCGACUGCAGGGAAUUUGGAAAUUUAUUAAAGAGAAGUCAGAGCUCCUUCACGGCUUCAGCCGAAAAUUUUCGGAUAGAAUCAAAGAUCGGAAUUUUAGCUAUUUCCGAAUAGUUUCAGAUCUUCACGCCUUCCACCUUUUUUUUUCUACAGAUAUUCUGAAAUUUUCCGAGAGAAAAGUGGACAUUCAAAGAAACAAAAAAUUUCGGGAAAAAGAUGGCCGCCGACUGAAUUUUAGAAAAAAACAAAACAAAAACGCUUCAAGGAUAAACGAAAGAGGAGAAUGGCGAAAUGGAGGGUGGCAAAAUUGUAUAACCUGUGGGGUUUUUUCGUUUCUCUCUUCUCCUAGCGGAAAUCGGUGGAACUAUAAGACCUACCAUCUGUGUGUGUGUACAAGGGGGGGUAGGGUAACCUUUUUUUUGGGGCGCUCAACAACGUGGUCGUGUAUGUGUCUCAGUGUGCCCAGUUGUGUCUGGACUCGUACGUCGAACGGGUCGCUCCAAAAAAACGUGGUGUUUCAUUUUCGUGGCCUCAGUGUUUUGUGAGUGACAUCUUAACACACACACACACACACAUUUUAAAAAACAAAACUCUUUGGAUUAAACGUUAACUCAACGGCGAAACAUUCAAACAAAAAAUGUCAAUGAUGUCGAAUGAAUUGCUGUUGUGCGCGGAUGCGUGUCCGGAAGUGAUGCCAGUUGCUGCCAAAGAUCCUGCCAUUAUGACGGAUCGUCGUGUAUUGCAACAAUUGCUCGGACUGGAAAUGUUUUCCGUUCCAUCGAGCGAUUAUUUUGCACCUUCCAGCACAUCUGAAUUGCAGCCGUACAUGCGUCGCGUUGUCACCACCUGGAUGCUCGAGGUGACUGAGGAGCAAAACUGCGAAGAACAGGUUUUCCCUUUGGCUGUUAAUUUGCUGGAUCGUUUCUUGGCUUUGGAAGCAGCCGUCCUUCAACGAUGUCAACUGCAACUUCUCGGCUGCGUCUGUCUGUUAACUGCCAGCAAAUUACGUCAAUGCCGACCAAUCGGAGUCGACUUGCUCGUCUACUACACUGAUUACAGUGUCACUCCAGCUGAGAUCAGGGUUUGGGAAAUGUUGCUGCUGGGCAAACUUGGCUGGGACGUGUCUGGCGUGACGGCAUUUGACUUUGUCGACCACCUGAUGGAGCGCAUUGAUUUGUCAUCAUCUUCGAGUCAAGUCAGCAGCGGUCACAACGUGCCCCUGACGACAGGAUCUGUCAGAGACUCUGCCGCCGUUCUUCGCGGUCACGCUCUCACCUACGUCAGCCUCUGUUGCACAGAAACGGAUUAUAUGAGAGUACGCCCGUCUUUGAUCGCCGCGGCUUCAAUUUCAGCUGCCAUCAACCGACUCGGCCUUUCGACUUCGUCAAGCAACGACCCAUCGUGUGAGGAGCGUCUCUUGGCUGACUUAGUGGGCACUGAUGUCCAUCAGUUAGCUAGCUUGGUCCGGUCUGUCGAGUCUCUGAUGGCAACCCAAUUGGCUUCUGUCCAACAACAACAAGACCACCACGUUCAACAACAGCAGCAGCAGCAGCAACAACAGCUCCCUCACGUGAAAAACAAUAAAAUGCAGACGACAACGAGUAGUUGGGAACUGGAUGUUCAACCGGAAACCCCUACCGACAUCCAGGAUAUCCAUUUUUGAUCCAUUAUGUUCACCACAAAAGCUUCAUCACACAACUCUCGACGCCCCCUUUCCCCUCCCCCAAAAAACCUGAAUACUUAAGAAAACAAGUAAUUAACUCAAACGAGAGAAAAAAAAACUAAACUUUAUUCGACGAAUGAGACAGUAUUACCUGAUGAGCCGUUCAUUCUUUUUUAAUUAAAUUUAAAUUCCUGGUUUCUUUUUUUUUUUAAACUAUUAUUAGAAAAAAAAAUAUCAAAAUAACAAAAAAAAAAAUAGAAUAUCCUAUAUCAUACUUUAAAAUGUUUAUGGCUCAAAAGUGUCAUGUACAGAUAUAAUAAGCUAAAUUUUCUUUUAUUUUUUUAUCUCAAGAAGAAAUAGUAUUUAAUCUGGAUCUUUUUUUUUUUAAACAAACAUUAAUUCAAAAAAAAAAUUUUUUUUUUAACAUAGAAUUUUUUAAAAAAGUGAAUCCCGAAAUGUUUAACCCUCCUCCCCCUUACUCCAAAAGCAAAAAAAAAAAAAUAAAAUAAAAUGUUUACAAUGUAAUUCCCAACAGUUCAAACAAGUGCUCGAGAGUGUGCCCUUCUAACUUUUAUCGUCUGUCGUUUUACUGCUGAUUGAUUCCCCCCCCCCUUUUUUCGUUUAAAAACCAUUCGUAGACACACGUCUCACUGCCCUGCUUCCAACAGGUUGCCGAUCAAAAAACACACACACACACAAAAAACACAAAAAAAAAUACCUCGUUGCCCCUCCACUCAUCAAACCAUACAUGUCAAGUUCAAGUAGUUUUUUUUUUAAGUUUUUUUUUUAUCCCCCCCUCAUGUCUAGUCGAUUCGUCAUCACUAUACAAACCUAAACCAUAAAAAUUCCCAACUUAUCAUCGUGAAGCCGACACGCAAGAAAGAAAAACACGUUCAUUUUUAUACCUCAUGCGUUUCUCCCCAUCCUUUUCCCGAUGAUUGGUUUAUCGAAUCAUUUUGUUGUGUCAACUACCGGAUUAAUAAGUUUUUUUUUAUUGUCGUCUUUAUCCGUUUUGGCUGCUACGUAUGUUCUUUAAUUUUUAUUAUUAUUUCAAAACGUACACACCAACAUGUUCAAUUCAUCGAGUGAAUUUUCCCAACAUAUUUAAGAAAUGUGUCAUUUUGUAACGCCCCUCCCCAAAUGUGUCUUCUUUUUCUCUAUGCGGAGGAGAAAAGAAGAAAGAGUUCGAGUUCGUUUAAAAAAGAAAAGAAAACAAAAAAAUAAUAAUACUAAAGUUGUUGUAAAUACACAAAUCAAAAAUUU